AUGGGACAAGUACAACGGCCGCUUGAGGAUGGAGUGGCCCCAAGCAAGGCCUCAACGGCCCUCAGCCACUCGGAAGUGUUGGUCGACACGACUGAGUCGUACGCCUCUAGCGAGAAGAAGUUUGACAUUGUGGUAGUCCACGGUCUUGGUAGUUUGGGAGAAAAGUCUUGGGGUUCUAGCAAGCACCCUACGUGGAUUCAUGACGUGGCGGCUCACAAGGAUUGGCAAGUCCGGAUUAUACGCUAUAGUUACUCUGCCGAGGAGAUUACGGAAGCAAUCUACCCCGAAGAGGCCAUUUCGGUAGUAGCAGAAAGGCUCCUUCAGAAACUGGCCGAGUUGAGGAGCGAACAGCAGCCACCGUUGCCGCUAGCUUUCUUUGCGCACGAUGUAGGAGGAAUUAUUGUCAAGCAGGCUCUAGUCCUGGCUGGCCGGGGCAACAACGCAUACGCUGGCAUCAGAUGUUCAACGCGCCUCCUAAUGUUCUUUGGCUGUCCACACAGAACCGUUGGUGGCCUCGGAGAUGUGGAUAUCUUGGCUGCCCGCCUCCGACUCUUGAAUCAAGGAGAGCGCAAGGCUACAGAUUGGAAGAUGAAAAGUCUUGCAAGAUCUAUCAUUACGAUCAACGGUUCUUUCCUCCAAACUAGGAUGUUGACGCGCGCAAACAUCAUGAAUAUAGUGUCAUCAAAGAAAAGUCUGGAAGAGAGCGUCUUCGACCGGUAUACCGUAUCGUUCGGAGUUCCUUUGGAAAAGGUCAUAGCCGUCGAUAAACCGCAUAGAGAGUUAGACCGAGAACCGACGGGAGAGGAUUGGCAGACUCCCUACGGGUCGGGUUAUCAAACCAAUCGGGCUGCAUCCUUUCCCUGGUCUACUGAUGCAAUCUCUUCUUUCAUUGAAACUAUCGAAUCCCAGGCAGCUCCAAUUUACCCCCUGUCGACUUCGCCAGAAAAGGCCCAUCAAUUUGCCUGGUUGAACAAGGAUGAGACUUUCAAAAGAUGGCAUGAAGGCCGCGGGGUUAACUUUCUGCACAUACACGGUACCCUUGACAUCUCUGAUGCGGCCGAGUAUGUGUUCCAGGAAGUUGUAAAAGACAACCAGAGCUCCUAUUUUCGGUGCCUUCUCUAUUUCAAGUUCGACAGCCACGAUGUGCGCCGGAACUCCAUCGGGGCCAUGGCAAAUACCUUCUUGUCUCAGAUCCUUAGUUCGAUUCGAGCAUCGCCAGCCAAGCUUCUGGAAGACCUCGAGCCACCUGAUUUUACAGACUGCUGGACCGACAAGGACGCCUUCUUCUUCCUUGACAAAAUAAGAAGAGACUUGGGAAAUGUCGCCAAGGUCCACUGGAUCCUAGACGGGCUGGACCAGUGUGACGAGUCCCGUCACUGGCUCCUCUCCGAGCUCUCAAGCAUUGCCGAGGCUUCUGAGGGGAAUUUCAAAGUUCUGAUAACAAGCGUCGAUGGCAAUCAUAUUCGCGAGGAACUUCCCGAGUUUGCUGCCAUUGACCUGGCACAUCGCAUCCCAACCACCAGCUCAAUCGAGCAUGCCAGACAAGAAUUCCUGUCGGUAUUGUUCCAGAAGCGACCUCACUUCUACCAUGUCCACUCUAAGAUUACGCGUUUGUUAGAAUCUUGUGGAUUUGACAAUUCGGUGUACAGUCUGCUCUUGGAAUGGCUUACUAUUGCUCCGUGUGCUUCAAUGAGGGCUGCCUUGGAACAGGAACUCGAAUUGCUUAUGCCGCUCUCGCCAGCUAGGAUCUUUGAGAGAGCCUUGAACUCUGUGCCUAAAGAGCGGCGCCAGUGGGCUCAGAAGGUCCUCACCUGGGUCACACGCUCUGCUCGGCCAUUGUCCCCCGAGGAGCUCGCGAGUGCACUCACUCUCGACGCCCUUGAUUCUGAAACUGGGUCAAGUAUGCAUCAGGAUCUCAUGUGGGAUAUUCAACAGUGCUUUGGGCCUUUGAUCACUCUAGGAAAUGGUGCAGUUCGGCUCCGCCAUCCUGCUGCUCGAGACGUGUUGACAACCGAAAAUGGCGCCCAGAAAGAGUAUCAUCCAUGGUAUGUUCUAGAUUCCCUGGCACAAGAUCACAGGAACAUCGCAGACGCAUGUGUCCGCUAUCUUUCCAUACCCAGCGUUCAAGAGGAGAUCCUGGCUGCUUGUAAAGCCUCUUCCGACACCCAGCCAAUCUUUGAAAGCCCUUCAGACAUCUUAUCCUAUACCAUCCAAUACUGGCCAUAUCAUUACCAACGAGGCUACUCAACUGAAGCGUCAAUUCCAUCAACAUCGAGUAUCGCCGCCUUCUUUCAUGAUGAAAAAGCGCUUCAAUGCUGGGCAGCAGUGAACUGGCGCUUCUUGAACCCCUGCAUCCGGGCAGAGCAGCCUUCCCUGUCACUCUUACCAAUUCUUGCCUCUCUGGGCCUCGACAAGUCGGUGGCUACUCUCAUUAAGUCCCAGAGGCUAGAAGACAAGGCCUACAUUUCAAUGGCACUCACUGAGGCAUCUCGACAUGGGAAACUGGGUGUUGUCAAGUUGCUACUGGAGGACUCCAGUGUGGAUGAACCCAGUUGCCUGGACGCCAUCAUGGCCGCAGCACGAUCCGGGGAGUUUGGGAUCUUGGAUGUGUUGCUGAAAUACGCGACUGAGAACUUCAGCAUCGUGCAAUGGCCUGGUUUUCUAUCUUCACGACUUGCAUACCUCGGGCCCAUCGACCAGUUGAAGACUAUGCUCCAAGCCACAGGGGACGCAAACUUGAUGGAUGCAGACUAUUCGCCACCUCUUCAUUGCGCUAUCAUGAGAAACAACACUGCAGCCUUUGAUGCCCUUAUAGGGCACGGUGCUGAUCCUGCAGUCACCAAUUCCAACUGGAAGAAUACGCCAGCAAUUCUUGUGGCGACCAAGCACGGCCGGGUGAAUAUGGUGAAGAGGUUGACCAAAGCCGGCGCAUCAGUGGAUGCAUACGAUAACAGAGGAAGGUGCGCUCUAUGGUUAGCUGCGGUGACAGGGCAGCAUUUGGUCCUCCAGGCCCUGUUAGAAGCGGGUGCCGACAAACGAGCCCUGGAGAUUCCUAGGGAGGGGUCAGCGAGGCCGCCCAUGGUCUCACUUGCAUCUGUCCCCUUUCUCAAGUGCCUCAAGUUGGCACUCGAGUUCGGCGCGGACCCCAACUGCAACUUGCUAAAUGAAGACCAUCCUUCCAGUGCCCUCAGCAUUGCAGCGAGAUGGGGUCUUCCUGAUAGUUGCCGUGUGCUUCUCGAAGCCGGUGCUCAUCAUGAUGCUGAUGAUGACCCUCCUCUCAUCCAUGCUGUUAAUUCUGGCAAACGAGAGAUAGUGGAAAUGCUGCUUGAAAAGGGGGCGAAGGUCGAUGCGAAGCUGGAGUAUGGUGACUUCUAUGCCACACCUCUCAUCAUAGCUGCUUACCGGGAUUACCAAGAUUUGGCCAAACUUCUCAUUGAAAGAGGAGCCGGCGUUGACACUGAUGUCUGGGAGGGGAGUACCGCGCUGCAUUAUGCCAUUGAUGGAGAUAAUCCCGAGAUGGUCAAGUUCCUUGUCGACUCAGGGGCCAACACCGGACAAACCCAGAGUGGAGAGUGGUCGGCCCUCCAAAAAUGUUACACAAAAGCGGAUUGUAUGAAGGUCCUCCUCGAAGCUGGAGCCGAUUUGAACUGGGCCGAGCCCGAUGGUACGGCGUUGUAUCUCGCCGUUUACUGCAACGCGCUAGACGUGGCAAAGUUGAUCCUCUCAUACCGCCCUGACCUGGAAGUCAAGUGCCCGGCAGAGAAGUCCUGGGAUUCGGGAUACACUGCGCUUCAUGUGGCGGCGACUAACGGCUUUACCGAGAUGCUACGACUACUUAUAGAGGCAGGCGCUGAUUUGAAGUCGACAACCCCGAUGGGCGGGACGCCUCUGAUCCUGGCCGUGGCUAACAAUUCGGAGGGUUGCACGAAGGCUUUGUUAGAGUACGACACGGACAUAGACGCAAAGGAUGUACUAGGAUACACAGCCCUCCAUUGUCUUCCGUCCCCUGCACGAUUGUCUAUUGCAAAGCUACUGGUCAAUCGAGGAGCCAAUCUGGAGCUUCGGAACAAUGCAGGCAAGUCUGUCCUCGACCUAGCUAUCAUUAGCAAGGAUGUUCCACUCGUGGAGUUUCUCUUGGGUAAGAAGGUCGACAUCAACGCGGCAGCCAGCUCAAGCGGUGCCGCUCUGCACGUUGGAGCCGCUGCUGGCGAUCUUGGUAUGGUCAAGCUACUCGUUCGGAAAGGGGCUGAUGUGAACCUUACCCACCCUUGGAUGUACGGUACAGCGCUGCAAAAGGCAUACAUGUCUAGAACUGGCACUGCAGAGGGCAGGGAUGCUGUAGCUCGAUUCUUGGUCGACGAGGCAGACGCUGAUGUGAACGCCCAUGGUGGAGUCCAUGGCUCAGCACUGGACGCCGCGCUCCUAUAUGGUACUGUUGAAGCGGCCAAGUUUCUGAUCGAAAGGGGUGCCGACGUCGGCUGGAAGGACGCCUGGGGUCGGCGACCAGUCCACUUCGCAGCCUUGCGGACGCCAGGUCACUUCCAGUUGUUGCUUGACUCGGUGUCAGACAUAGACGAUGACAGCCUCGGUAUUGCCAGCAAGACAAACCUUGGCCACAUGCCACUGCACUUUGCGGUUGCAAGCGGAAGUACUAACCUUGUCGAACUUGUUCUCUCUCGCACCCGAGGCAAGACAUCCAUCAACGAGCCGGACGAGGACGGUUGGACCCCGCUACUGUGGGCGUGCCGGCCGUGUGACGAAUGGGGCGCACCCGCUCAAGUUCAACACGCCAUAGUGAAGCUCCUCCUUGAUAGGGGCGCGGACCCAUUGGUGCGAGGGCGAACUUGGGAUGACAAACGGUGGUCACCGCUCAAGAUGGCGAGAUACCAUGGGGCGAAGGACGAGGUGGUACACCUGCUGAAGAAAGCUAGCAGGGAUGGAAGGGAGAAGGGGGAGAAAGAAGAGUUUCACGCCUCCAAGAAGGGAGUGCGUCAUCUCACUGCAUUUUGCGACAUGUGUCUCUUUGGUAUACGUGGGAUCGUAAACGUGUGUAUGAGUUGUGACAACAAGCUCUCCUUUUGUUUCAAGUGCUCUCGCUGGAAGGAAGAGCUUCACCCGCAUCACAACAAUUGGGUACUGCAAGGGACGGAGUUUGAGGAAACCGAAGAAAAUGAGGAGGAAAGGGAAUCUCCGGAAAGUUCCCCCGAGAUUGAACAGGUACAGGAUGACGAUGCUGAGGGAGAUUGGUCAAAUGAUGAAGAUGACAAGGAUGGAGUUAUUAAUGGGGGCGGUAAACAAGACUGA